AUGCCUAACGGUACGCUCGAAGUAGUCGUUGCAGGAGGACGUCGUCUUAAGGAUCAAGAUACAUUUGGUAAAAACGAUGCCUAUGUAGAAGUCUACUUGGAUAAAAAGUAUAAACAACGAACCACCACCGUUUCGAAUACAAAUGAUCCUGUUUGGAACGAACGAUUUACUUUCAAUGUUCAUGAUGGCGACGAUACCAUUCACUUUGAUGUUUACGAUGAUGAUGUCGGCGACAAAGAUUCAAUUGGCAAGUGUAAAGUUAAACUCAAACAUGUCUUUGACGAUGGAAAAUAUGACGAAUGGGUAAAAUUACCGGCAAUGCUCGGAUUGUCAUCUCAUGGUGAAAUUCAUAUCAUCAUGAGAUUCACACGGUCCUAA